ACGAAUCAGGACUACCACGGGAAGGAUGAGGUCCUCAAACAACCGUGCUCUCCUGGAGGUGGUGGUGGUCUUUCUGGCUGUUACUCAAACCGGUGCUGGCCCACAUUCACUGCGCUAUUUCCACACUGUGCUGUCACGGCCGGGCCGUGGGGAGCCCCAGUACAUCUCUGUCGGCUACGUGGACGACAUGCAGUUUCAACGCUGUGAUAGCAUUGAGGAGAUUCCGAAGAUGGAGCCACGUGCACCUUGGAUGGAGAAGGAAGGACCAGAGUAUUGGGAAGAGCUGAAACUCAAAGUCAAGAAUAUAGCACAAAGGGCCAGAGCAGACCUUCGGACCCUCGUCCGCUACUACAACCAGAGUCAAGGCGGUUCUCACAUCCUGCAGUGGAUGGUUGCCUGUGAGGUAGGGCCAGACAUGCGCCUUCUUGGAGCACAAUAUCAGGUUGCAUAUGAUGGCUCGGAUUACGUCACCCUGAAUGAGGACCUGAGUUCCUGGACUGCAGUGGACAUGGUGGCUCAGAUCACGAAGAGCAAAUUAGAGUCAGAUCAUGCAGCAGAGUACUUCAGAGCCUAUGUGGAGGGAGAGUGCUUGGAGCUACUCCACAGAUUCUUGCGGAAUGGAAAAGAGAUGCUACAGCGAACAGAUCCCCCAAAGGCACAUGUGGCCCAUCACCCUAGACCUGAAGGUGAUGUCACCCUGAGGUGCUGGGCUCUGGGCUUCUACCCUGCUGAUAUCACCCUGACCUGGCAGCGGGAUGGAGAGGACCUGACUCAGGACAUGGAGCUUGUGGAGACCAGGCCUUCAGGGGAUGGAACCUUCCAGAAGUGGGCAUCUGUGGUGGUGCCUUCUGGGGAGGAGCAGAGAUACACAUGCUAUGUGUACCAUGAGGGGCUAACUGAGCCCCUUGCCCUGAAGUGGGGAAGAUCUUCUCAAUCUUCUGUUAUCAUCAUGGUCAUCAUUGCUGUUCUGUUUCUCCUGGGAGGUGUGCUCACUACUGUUGUGGUGUACAAAAGGAGGGGUGCAGGGGAAAGAUGCAUCAGUUAUACUCAGACUGCCAGUAGGAACAGUGAUUAAGGCUCUGAUGCUUUUCUCACCAUCUAGAAAGAAUGAAAGUACUGCACUGUGUGGGACUGAGUCUUACAGGAUGUAUUCAGAUCUUUCUUUACUAUGAAUCCAAGUCCCUCAAUUUCUCUUUCUGCAGUUGGCAUCUCAUGCUGUCUGCUGUCAGCUCAGUGUGACAAAAUGAGCAGCCCAGGUCAACCCAGAGGACUGAGUCUCUACCCAAUACCUGUGCCUUUCUCACCUGUAUCACAGGGCAAUUUGAGACUUCUUCAUCCCUUGUGGAACUUUAGGUUUCUGUGAGCAGCCCCUUACUUCCCUAUUGAAAAUGAGGAUGCAGAUAUAGCUUUAUUUUUUUACCUUCUGGAUAUAAGCUGUGGUUUAUGUUGUUAAAAGUGGAAGAUUUGUAAGUUUGAAAGUAAAUAAAACAUGAAAACUGAC